AUGGGUACCAUCAAUACUCUACAUGAUCAAUUAGGAAAUCUUAUAACUAAACCUUGUGACAUCAAGGCAGUGAACUUCUUCCAGGAACUAUUAGAUGGUCGAAUGGUCAUUGCUAAGGAUUUUAUAGACUUCUGCGUGCCUGUUGACGACCAGGAAAUUCCUCAUGCACUUUCUAGUAUCUCGAAUGAAUAUGCUCCAAUUCUUGAUGGAAUUGGACCAAAGGUCUUCAAGGAUGCUUGGAAUCUCAUUGGAGAAGACUUUACAAGAUCAAUCAAGGACUUCUUUUCCUCGUAUAAACUCCCACAAGGCAUGAAUGCAACUGCUAUAUGGUAUAUUCCUGAAAUUCCAUGUCCUAAUACUCCUGCAGAUUUCACACUUGCAGAUUUAAUUUGA